CGUCGAGCUGACGUGUGGUUAUUUUUACCUUGAGCUAUCAGUAGUUGCUAAAACGAACUCAGCGCGGAACGUGAAGAUAUUAAACCACAUUAUUUGCUUUACUUGUAAGCUUAUACCUUGUACUUCCGUGUGUACUCAGUGCGCUCUAAGACAACACAAAAAAGAUGAGCUCUCUUGGAACGGGAUAUGAUUUUUCUGCGAUGACUUUUUCCCCGGAUGGAAGAGUUUUUCAGGUGGAGUAUGCGGCAAAAGCAGUUGAAAAUAGUGGAACUGCCGUGGCUAUCAGGUGCGUAGACGGCGUUGUUUUCGGAGUCGAGAAGAUUAUUUUCUCGAAACUUCUCGAAACUUCUUCGAAUCAUCGGAACUUUACUAUUGACAAGCACACCGGCCUCAGCUUUUCGGGGUUAGCAGCGGAUGCUCGGCAUUUAGUAAAUCGUGCUCGUACUGAAGCUUCCAAUUUCAAAACUUUUUAUGGAAGAGAAAUUUCUGGAAAACUACUUGCGCAGCGGCUCGCCCAGUACAUACAAAACUAUACUUUGUACUCUUUUGUUCGGCCGUUUGGUUGUUCGCUUUUACUUGGAAAGCAUCUUCCAAACGAGAAACCUUCUUUGUUUGUACUUGAACCUUCUGGAAACUUUUUUGGCUACAAAGCUUAUGCAGUCGGAAGGCGUAAGCAGCAGGCUUGCACCGAACUCGGCAAACUGGCGCUGGACUCCAUCACAAUGAAGGAGGCCCUCGUGGCCAUCGCAAGAAUAAUUUAUACUAUUUACGAUGAGUCUAAAGAUAAGGAAUUUAGUUUAGAAAUGAGUUGGAUUGGGAGUGAAACUCAGUUCAAACAUGAAAUAGUUCCGCAAGGAAUAGUCGACUCUGUAAUAAAUUCUGCAAAACAGAAAAUUAGUUAG